CUUGCCGUGCUCUACGCUAGUUGAUUCAGGCAGUCGCACUCCGGCGAAAGCCUUGUGCGCCUUUUUUUCUUCUGUUUUGCAAAGUAUAAAGGAGGAAAAGAAAACACACACCAACAACGCGACUCCGGCUGAGGCAGGAUUUUUUCUCGGAGCCGCACUGGGACUCGGAUCAGAUCUGAAAGUGCGCUGGAGGCCGGUGUAGCUCGGAGCGUGGAGAGAAGGAGCUUCCCCACCGACUCUAUGAAGGGAGGGGAGGGGGAGGGGGGGCCACUCAGCACACCACAAGUCUGCACUGCUAACAGAUCAGCUGGAUGAUUGAUGAGGAUAUAAGAGUGGAUUUGCUAAACACUAAACAAAGAAACCUACCGCGUCCUCUGAGAGAAGAACUUUAAUGGCUUCCAGGUAGAGAGAAAGAGACAGCAAUCAAGAUGAACUCGAUUCCGUCGAUGGACAGACACAUACAGCAGACCAAUGACAGACUGCUGUGUAUCAAACAGCACUUACAGAACCCGGCCAAUUUUCAGACAGCGGCUACAGAGCUGCUCGACUGGUGUGGAGACCCGAGAGCUUUCCAAAGGCCCUUUGAGCAAAGCCUGAUGGGAUGUCUGACGGUGGUGAGCCGUGUUGCCGCUCAGCAGGGUUUUGACUUGGACCUGGGCUACCGGCUCCUGGCUGUGUGUGCAGCCAACCGGGACAAGUUCACCCCAAAGUCAGCAGCACUGCUGUCGUCCUGGUGCGAGGAGCUGGGUCGACUUCUCCUGCUGCGGCACCAGAAGAACCGGCAGAACGAACCCCAGGGCAAAGUGCCUAUGCAGCCACCCAUGAACUCUAUGAAGCCCUCGCUUUCUCACGGUGAUGGGUCCUUUCCGUAUGACUCGGUUCCCUGGCAGCAGAAUACCAACCAGGCCCCUGGCUCAUUGUCAGUGGUGACGACUGUGUGGGGGGUGACCAAUACAUCACAAAGUCAGGUAUUGGGCAACCCCAUGGCUAACACCAACAACCCCAUGAACCCUGGAGGCAAUGGAAUUGGGUCUGGCAUGUCAGCCAACAACCCAGGAAUGAACUCUCCUCAGUUUCCUGGCCAGCAGCAGCAGUUCUCAGCCAAAGGUGGUUCCAACCAGGCCUACAUGGCGCAGGGCAUGUACGGGCGAGCAGGGCAUCCUGGAGCUGGAGGAUUCAGCGGGAGUUACCCGGGUGGUCCGAAUGCUCCAGGUGGCAUAGGCAUGCCCCCUCACACCCGGCCUCCAUCCGACUUUACUCAGCCUGCUGCUGCUGCGGCUGCGGCUGCUGUUGCGGCAGCCGCCGCAACCGCAACAGCCACUGCCACGGCAACUGUGGCCGCCCUGCAGGAAACCAACAAGGACAUGAACCAGUAUGGACAGAUGUGCUCAUCGUUUCAGAUGGGCCCUGCGCAGGGCUAUAACAGCCAGUUUAUGAACCAGCCUGGACCCCGAGGUCCACCGACCAUGGCAGGAGGCAUGAACCCAGCUGGCAUGGGUGCUGGCAUGAACAGCGCUAAUAUCAGCGGCCCUCCAAUGGGCAUGAACCAGCCCCGGGCCCCGGGAAUGGGGCCGUUUGGAGCCCAUGGGCAAAGAAUGCCCCAGCAAGGAUAUCCAGGCCCCAGACCUCAGUCUAUGCCCAUGCAGGGCACAAAGAGGCCCUAUCCUGGAGAGCCCAACUAUGGGGGACAGCAGUUUGGACCUAAUGGCCAGUUUCCCAGUCAGCAAGGGCAGUACCCAAACCCUAAUGCCUCCAGAGCCCUGCCCUCUCCCAAUUACCCCGGUCAGAGGAUGCCAGGCCAGCAGGGCACAGGCCAGUACCCACCUUCAGGAGUACCCAUGGGCCAAUACUACAAACAAGAGCCAUUUAAUGGCCAAAAUAACAAUUUCUCUGGAGGUAGUUAUGGCUAUAAUCAAGGCAGUGGGCCUCCUCGGCAGGUCGUGAACUAUCCUCAUUCACCCGUUCCUGGGAAUCCCACACCACCCAUGACUCCAGGAAGCAGCAUCCCCCCGUACCUCUCGCCCAACCAGGACGUCAAGCCUCCGUUUCCCCCGGACAUGAAACCGAGUAUGACGUCUCUGCCUCCACCACCGACUAACCCCAAUGAAGAGCUGCGGCUGACCUUCCCCGUACGUGACGGCGUGGUGCUCGAGCCGUUCAGACUAGAGCACAACCUGGCUGUCAGCAACCAUGUCUUCCACCUGCGUCCCUCAGUCCAUCAAACACUCAUGUGGAGGUCUGACCUGGAGCUGCAGUUUAAGUGCUACCACCAUGAGGACCGGCAGAUGAAUACGAACUGGCCAGCGUCGGUACAGGUCAGCGUGAAUGCCACGCCACUCACCAUCGAGAGAGGAGACAACAAGACAUCCCACAAACCCCUGCACCUGAAGCAUGUGUGUCAGCCAGGAAGGAACACCAUCCAGAUUACAGUCACAGCCUGCUGCUGUUCUCACUUGUUCGUGCUGCAGCUGGUGCACAGGCCGUCAGUAAGAUCUGUCCUGCAGGGCCUGCUCAAGAAGAGGCUUCUGCCAGCAGAACACUGCAUUACCAAAAUAAAGAGAAAUUUCAGCAGUGUAGCAGCGUCCUCUGGGAACGCGACGCUGAACGGAGAGGAUGGCGUGGAGCAGACAGCCAUCAAAGUGUCCCUCAAGUGUCCCAUAACAUUCCGGCGGAUCCAGCUUCCAGCCCGGGGACACGACUGCAAGCAUGUGCAGUGUUUUGACCUGGAGUCCUACCUGCAGCUGAACUGUGAGAGAGGGACGUGGAGGUGUCCUGUAUGCAAUAAAACCGCGUUAUUGGAAGGUCUGGAAGUGGACCAGUACAUGUGGGGAAUUCUCAAUGCCAUCCAAAAUUCGGAGUUUGAGGAAGUCACCAUUGACCCCACGUGUAGUUGGCGGCCGGUGCCAAUAAAGUCUGACCUGCACAUAAAGGAGGAUCCAGAUGGCCCUCUGGCCAAGCGCUUUAAAACCAUGAGUCCCAGUCAGAUGAUCAUGCCUAACGUGUUGGAUAUGAUCGCUCAACUGGGGCCCGGACCCUCACCCUACACCUCCCUCCCCCCUCAGCAUGGAGGGAACAACACCGAAUACACUAGCCAAGGCAACAGUUACCAGGGCCAUGGAAACUUUGACUUUCCACACAGUAAUUCUGGUGGAGGAGCUCCAAUAAAUGACUUCAUGCACGGCCCUCAGCUCUCGCACCCUCCGGAUGUACCCAACAACCUCAUGGGUCCAGACAAACCUCUGAGCCACGGCAUUGCCGACUCGAUGCCUCAUCCUGUGAGUGCUGAGCAAUCUCAUGCUUCCAUGCCACCAGGCAUGCACGUAUCGCCUCACCCCAACAGCCAAUCUGCACAGCCAUUACAUCACAGCGUCCCUUCAUCCGGCCCGCCCCCACGCCAAGCCCCGCCCUCGCAGCAGCAACAGCCUGGCCCCAACAGCCACACGCACGGCGACAUGACCUUUAACCCUGCGGCUGAGGGCCAGGUAGGCGGUCAGGGGGCAGCAGACAUGCCCGAGCCUUCUCUGGAGCUGCUGCCCGAGUUGGCCAACCCGGAUGAGUUACUGUCAUAUCUGGACCCUCCGGACCUUCCAAGCAACAGCAACGAUGAUCUGCUCUCCCUCUUUGAGAACAACUGACUUUACUAAGCCACCUUCACCUGAGGCACUGACAAGUUCCGCUGUCAGGAGUCAAGCAGAACCCUGACCACCAGUUCAGUACUUUACAACCGCAAAACACUCGUCCUCGCUCUGCCCCUACUUCUGUAAAUAUCUCACUCUUUUACGGACGUCCUUUUUCCACACAUGUAUGGCAGCCAUGUUGGUUGGCACUAAAGUGAUAUUUCAAUACUAAUAUGAAAAAGAAAAAAAAACUGUGCAGCUAUAAUCAUAAGAAUAUAUGUCACACAGAACUGUAUGUGUGCUCACUAGGAAAGUGUUGUAGCAUUUUUUUAAUUCAGAUUUUUUUUCCUUUUGUGAAAAGCAAGACCUGAAUAGAAAAAAAAGAUACUUCCUGUACUGGCUUAUGUGUGUGUCCCCUAUGCGCAUUCUGAGGUUUGUUCUUCCAAGCUUUACGUCCACAACUUCCCAAAUCUCCCAUCUAGUGUUUUUGACUGGAUGUCCUCCUCACUGUAUGUCCGAAGUCCCACGGAAAAAAGCACAACAGCAAUCAAGAGAACUGCAGCAGGAAGACUGAAAAGGAAAACAUCGCAGGAACAAAAAGGCUGCAUCACAGUCACUGAGAGGUUUAGCAUCAUAGCGAUGUGGUACUCCCAUCUCACAGACUUAAUGCCGGGCCUCUGAAGUCCUCUGUAGCUCAUGUGGAAGGCAUGAUUAGUGGGAAUCCCCUUCAGAUCGGCAUAUCGCAUCUCAUCCUGUCCGUCAUAUUGUGUCAUAGAGUGUUGUGUUCAAAGCAGAACAAGUUCCCGAGGGCAUUGUGACAUCUUCACUGUUUUAUUCAUUUCACUGUUAUUUAUAGGAACACCAACAUAUCAAUACUGUAUGUGUGAUACCAUGCAUCAAUAACCAGCACUGUACUUCCUUUCGCAAAUCUCUCCAUCUCUGAGUACUGUGGAAUUAAAAGUCAGUUGGCAACGCAAUUCAUUUUUGUAAUGUAAGAAGUAAUGCAAUCACUUUUUAAAGAGUAGUUUGAGUGUCGAAGACAUCAGUAAUCCUCUGUCAGCUGUCUCUUCUGGGAGUCUUUCCCCAUUUAAUGCAUGAGCUUUGUCCCUCCCAGGCCUGUGAUGUCAUGAAUAACAAAGAACUCCGUGCGUGCAUACAGUGUGUUCAUUGUGCACUCGUGCCAAUCCCACGUUGUGUUAGUGACCGAACCAAGUGUAGACUGAUCCCUCUCUCUAUCUCUCUCUCUCUCUCUCUCUCUCUCUUUCUCUCUCUCUAUUUUUUAAAUCAAUCAGUGCGUUCAAACAUGUUCCUCUGUCCUGUUUUUUUUUUCUUUUCAUUUUGAACAUGAACUAUGAUCAUGUAAUGACUAAGUCUGUUAUGCUGAAUAUAUUGUUCAUGAUAUACUUCCUUUUUUCCCCCCACUGUUGGUGUAACUAUCUAAAUGUACAGUGUAUUUGCGUUUAUUACAAACUGGCCAUGUAUUACCAAAGUUCUGCCUAGUGAUCGGAGGCCCAAACCUGUCUUACCAGGCCGAUAACCUUCUUUAGAGACAGUUAAGCAUGUGACACCUUCCUUUCCGUCCCUGCAUUCACACAACGAUAGAAUUCCCACAUGGUAUUGUAUGGUACACUGAUUUUUACACACUUUGUUUUGUAGAGGUUACACGUCUAUGUACAAGUCUACAUAAUCUGUUUUAUCGUUUAACCCCGUAACCCCCUGAGAGAGUCUAAAAAGAGUCAGGAUUGAUCUUUUCCUCAUGCGUUAGGCCCAACUCACCUGGUCUAAAAAGAAGACA